AUGAAUCUAGUUCAAGAAGGUCGUAUUUUGAGAUGUCUAAAUGAGGACUGCGACAUUGAAAUAAUAGACAACUCUAAUAGAAGUAGCGAAAGUGAAAUUGAAAUUGAUCACGUUGAAAUUUGUGAACAUAAUUCUGAAACAGAACAAGAAUGUGAUUCUAAUACAACAGAAAAUAUAACACCAAGUCGUGAUGAUGACAUUCCUCUUUCACAGUUUUAUUUCAAUCUUUCACAAAUAUUUGCAGGCGGUUCACUGUUAAAUUAUCUGCGUAAAAAUUCAAAUUCACUUACGUAUCGGCAGCAAAUGGGCAUGUGUAGAGAUGCGGCGGCUGGUAUGCGAUAUUUGGAGUCAAAGAAUUGUAUCCAUCGUGAUCUUGCCGCACGGAAUUGUUUGGUGGACUUCGAAAACUCUGUUAAAAUAUCUGAUUUUGGUAUGUCCAGAGAAGAGGAGGAAUACAUAGUUUCAGAUGGCAUGAAACAAAUACCGGUCAAAUGGACUGCUCCGGAAGCUUUAAAUUUUGGAAAAUAUACAUCGCUAUGUGAUGUGUGGUCAUAUGGCAUUUUAAUGUGGGAGAUUUUCUCUAAAGGUGAUACGCCCUAUUCAGGCAUGAGUAAUUCACGCGCACGUGAACGCAUCGACACUGGCUAUCGCAUGCCGGCACCUGAAAAUACCGCUCCGGAAAUGUAUCGCCUUAUGUUAAAGUGUUGGGCUGCUGAAGCUGAAUCUCGUCCCCAUUUCGAUGAAAUUUUCAAUGUCGUCGAUGCACUGAUUUUGCGUUUACAAAAUAGUCACUAAAAAAAUUAUAUAAAUAACUAAUAAUUAUAUUUUUAAAAUUAAAACAAAUUUAGAUAUAUACUCAUGUAAAGAUAAAAUAUUUUAGAAAGUAUAUUUGCAUAUUCGUAAGACUUAAGGUGAUAUUUAAGUACUGGUCUCUUCGUGAGAAGAAGGUAAAAUUCAGUUUUAAAGAAGAAAUUAUAUUUUUGCUAUUUUUAUGAGAAUACUACAAAAUAUUAAAAUUAUACAUUUUGUAUUAUGCCUAGGAUUAGUAACAAGUCCAGUCUUAAAUCGCAUAGAGAUAUAUUUUUGUAUAAGAGAAUCUAUUUUGCUCUUGUUAAAUAUUUAAUGUGCCAAAAAAUAAUUGACGAAAUGAUAUUGACAUUUUUAAAUUUUAUUUUUAAGUCGAUUAGUAAUUAAAUGUCAUGAAACUCUGAUUUCAUAUAUAUAGAAUUUAUAUAAUUUUCCUUCGAAUAUACUCCCUUUGUAAAUUAUUAUUAUUAUCAUAAUUUCUUACGUUAUCAAUUUUUGUUAAACUGCACUCUAUAAUUGUAUCGUUUAUCUCAUUUGUUAAAGAAAUUAUAAAUAUUUUUCUAGGCGUACAAUUCUUCUAGAAGUCAAAAUCUAUUUAUUUUCUCAUGUCUUGUAUAUAAUUAUCACUUAUCUUUCUGUAAAUUAUUUCUGUUAAUAUAAUACAAUGCUAAGUUCCCGUUUAAUAUCAAAUAAUUCUUUUACGAGACAUA